CGCCGCUGGGCUCUCGCAGGUAUAAAGCGGGGCAGAUUCAGAGGUUGCUGACCAUCGCACUCCGACAACAACAUGCGUUUCACAUCUUUCAUCUCACUCGCUCUGGUGGCUCCCCUCGUCUCUGCCAGCGUCUUGCCGCGCUCGGUCAGCUCGAAGCACGGCGUGAUCAACGCCCCCACCGCGGGCACGGUCGUCGCGGCCGGCUCAUCGUUCCCGUUUUCGUACCAGGACAGCAACUGGUGCCAAUCGGGCUACUCGCCCAUCAGCGUCUGGCUGACGGACUCUGCGCCCACCACCGCGAGCAUCAACGCGACCGACGGAAGUCUUUUGUCGUCCAAGCACUACUACGGACGGUUCUUGAUCGCCAACUUCGGUCUGCCUUCGAUCGGUAAUCCCCCUCCCCCGGCCUCGUUGACUCUCCCUGCGCUGCCUGCUUCGCAGCUUCCGGGGAGCUCGUUGUACGUCGUCGUGGUCGAAACUGGCAAUGGCUGCCCUCCGGGAAACGUCCCUGCUCAAUACGCCGUGACGAGCAAACUCGUCGUGUUUGCGUAGAUCCAAUAUUGGUUAGGAAUCAUCAUAGAAGGACUGUGUAUAGAAUGGUAGAAAUGUAACAAUGACUGAAUCGACUCUGUUCCAUGAAUGCAUGCG